UCAAAAAGUUGAAAGGAUAACGAGUAGACCUGUGUUAAUAGUAUCCCUGCUGCUGCUUUAAGCCCCAAGUGAACUAGGUGGGUCAACAAACUGGUAGCUGUAAAUGGCCUCCUAUUGCUACAUAUAGUUCAACGUUCUUAAGCUAAGGAGAAAAUCAUCAAAAGAGAUUGAGAAAGCCUUCACUUAUUGAAAACGAAUAGGGGGAAGGUGGUGAAAAGGAACAUCUAUAUGUGAGCAUGGAGCCCAUGAGAUUUAUAUGGUUUCGUGAAUUGUGAAUUGACAAUUACAAGGAAGACUUUAGUUUAUUUUGGGAAUACACUGUAUACAUGUAUUUUCAUGUAGUGCUUACGCAAGAGUUCUCUUUGAAGCAAGAAUACCUCAGUUUGGACACAACUCCUGCCAUGUUUUACCUGUAUUAAAUAUGACCAGGUACUUCACUUUACCUGAUCAAGGAUGGUCCUGGGCCGUCCUUCUGGCUUCUUUCGGAUCUCACUGCAUCCAUGGUUUCUUCUUGACUGCUAUAGGGAUUCUUCAGAUGUCUUUACUUGACCACUACAAAGAAAGUGUGUUCAAAACUUCCUUGGCGCUAUCAAUCUUCUUAGGACUACUUUCCUCAUCAGGACCACUUGCAAGUUUGAUAGCCAAUAGGUGGAGUUGUCGUGUAUCCUUGGUAACUGGUGGAUUUAUUGUGUCUUUAAGCCUACUAGCGACUGCUUUCAUGCCGAAUAUCAUUUUUGUUUUCUUUUCAUUGGGGAUAUUUGGUGGUGUUGGAAUAGGGAUAGCUUUUACAUCGUCUGUUGUUGUUGUUGGGUACAACUUCGAGAAGAAGAGGAAUUUUGCGAGUGGCGUAGCUGUAUCGGGAAUUGGCAUUGGGGCAUUCACAUUAGCGCCAUUGAUGCAAAGUGCAAGCAACUAUUUUGGUUAUCGUGGAUUAAUGUUAAUGUGCUCAGGCUUGACCUUGCAAUAUUGCGUGUUUGGUGCCUUACUUUAUCCUUCAAAACUUGAAGUUAGUCGGAAGAAAGAGAUAAAAUUAUCAAACUAUAACAGUAGUCAGGGAUCAAAGUUACAGAGGUUGAGGGAAGUGUACUUUUUUCUCUCUAAAAGAGCACUAUUGUGCGUUUACAUUUCUAUGUUUCUAUGUAAUUUAGGAAUUUAUCUUGUGUUCCUCCAUUUUGCAAGUUACGUCACUUCCGUUGGAUUUAGCAAAUUGGAAGCUGCUUUUCUUAUAUCAGUAUGUGGUAUCUGCAACUGUAUGUCGCGCAUUCUGGUCGGUUCGGCCACCAAUUCCAACAAUAUAGACGAAUUUGUGCUAUAUGCAGGUUCAUUCAGUUUAAUAGGUUUAACGACAGUGCUAUUUCCACUGUAUGGUCAAACAUAUGGUGGUCAGGUAUUUUACAUGGUGACACUGGGGAUGUACUCUGGAAUAUGCUAUGCACUGCUGAAUUCUAUAAGUGUAAUUCUUGCUGGGAUUAACAAUCUAGCUACAGUGUAUGGACUUAUUUUGUUUUUCACCGGUCUUGGUUGUUUCAUUGGACCUUUACUAGGAGGUUUCAUUGUCAACUCAGGAGGAACAUAUGGUCAGUCUAUAACAGCAGCAGGUAUUCUAAUUCUGAUUGGUGCCAUUUUUGCUUGGGUGUCAGGAGUCGGAGAUCGUCAAGGGGCACAUCCUGCAGACACAGAAGAGACAAUUGUUUUUCAUGAAAAUGAAAGUAAAAUUAUUAAACAUUCCAAAGAAAACAUGGAGAAUCAAACAGAAAAACAGAAUGAAAAUGUUACAGAUUCAAAUGAUGAUUUUAGAAAGGAGAGGACCAAAACCAAGUUUUCUACAGCACCAAUGGAAGAUAUCAAGGAUAAAUCCUCUUCCGAGACAAAUUCUUUAUUAUCAAAAUGUUAAGAGUGGCAAUAAGUAAUAAAAUGAAUGAUUCUGAA